AUGUGUGGCGCCGAAGAAGCAUUGAACAAAUAUUUCGCCCACUUGGAGAUGAAAAAGUUACUUCACGAACCAGAUUUAAGUAGCGCGAGAUCAGAAUUUUCUCUUCCCAUAGGUAGAACAUCUACACCCAUUAAUAAUUCCUCAAAGGAGAACAGACCACAGCAAUUUGCUGUGGAGCAGACUUCCGGUGACGUAGCAGGUGCUUUAACACCUGAGGACUUUAUAAGGCAGUUUGCAAACCCUUCGGUGUCAAACCGAAAGAGUCCGGAAUCUUUGUCAUUGGAGGAUUUUGCAAGACCGGAAAACAAGGCGACUAACACUACAAAGCCAGGAAAAAGCAGCCGAGCUACCAAACAGUACGAUUUCUGCAAGUUCUGUUAUAAAAACGGGGAGUUGUCCGACAUUUAUAUGUCACACGUUACCAAAUCAUCCGAUGGCACCAUCGUGUGCCCCAUUUUGAGGAAAUACGUUUGUGACCUUUGUGGGGCCACAGGCGAUAAGGCACAUACAAGGAAAUAUUGUUCGUUUAAUACUCAACAAAACAGAAGGCAUCCUGUUUUUAGGAGGCUGACGAAUGGCGUUUUGACUUCGUGUCACAAUCAUAAAUAG